AUGGCUGUCCCCUUGCGCUUCUCUGCACAAGCUCCCUCAUCUCGCCUAACAGAGAUAAUUCCCGAAUCGGAUCGGGUUGAAGAGCUUUCGGAUUCCGACGACGAGUACGAAGAUAUGGGUACGGCUACGGUUGAGGAGCAGGCACAUAUCGCCUACCUUGAUAGUGUGAGGACACCGAUCAGAGAUACUCUCGAGACAGAAACAUCACAGGUGCAGGAUGACACCUAUGGGGUCAUCCUGCCCUACCUGGAAGGCAAUCCGAAUGAUUUUUCCCUGAAUGCUUUUGGCGUACCAAAGCUUCAACGGGAGAAGCAUGUUGCCAUGCUGAAGAUGGUCCUGGGAGACUAUCCAGGGAAGUUUGCCAUGAUGGACGCGUCUCGACCAUGGAUCUUAUACUGGGGUCUGCAAAGCAUGACAGCGCUAGGCCUCGACAUAUCCGGAUAUCAAAAACGGGUAGCACACACCUUCUCUUUAGCUCAACACCCGGAAGGCGGAUACGGAGGUGGAUAUGGCCAACUUCCUCAUCUCGCAUGCACCUACGCUGCGGUCCUAUCACUGGCCAUGGCAAGCGGGACUGAAGCAUACGACUCCAUCCAUCGCAGAGCCUUGUGGCACUUUUUGGGGCGAAUGAAGCAAGCAGACGGAGGUUUUACCAUGGCCGAAGGCGGCGAGGAGGAUAUUCGAGGUGCCUUUUGUGCCGUAGUAGUCUUGUCUCUUCUUAACCUCCCCCUGGACCUACCUCAAGAUGCACCGGCCCGGAAACACGGACUUACCAACUUCACCGACGGUUUGGGCAGUUGGGUAUCACAGUGCCAAUCGUGGGAUGGUGGGAUUUCCGCAGCGCCUGGCAACGAAGCUCAUGGUGCCUAUGCAUUCUGCGGUCUAGGAUGUUUGGCGAUCAUUGGACCACCAACGGAGACACUGCACAAAUAUCUUGACAUACCGCUCCUAACUCACUGGCUUUCAUCAAGACAGUGUAGCCCUGAAGGUGGAUACAACGGCCGAACAAACAAGCUUGUCGAUGGAUGCUAUUCGCAUUGGGUCGGAGGAUGUUGGGCAAUUAUCGAAGCUGCCACUACCACAGGAGUCUGGAAUCGCACGGCGUUGGCACGCUACAUCUUGGCUGCCUGUCAGGAAAAGAAGGGCGGGUUGAAAGACAAACCUGGAAAACACUCGGAUGCAUAUCACACGUGCUACAAUCUGGCUGGGCUGAGCGCGGCACAACAUCGAUAUGUAUAUGACGAGGACAUCAACAGAGGUAUCGGGAUGGGAAAUUUAGGUGCGGCAUACCACUGGAAGACCGAUGGCUUAUACGAGGGAAAGAACGAGGUAUGGGACGAUGGCGAUGUUGUGAGAGCUGUUCACCCUGUGUUUGUCAUACCCUACAUGGCGGUUUACGAGUGUAGGAAAUACUUUGAGGAGAAGGAAGGUUUCUGA